AUGCUCUCGACUUCGCAACUUGCCUCGCCUCGUGCAAGGCUGCUCCUCGCCCGCAAUGCCCUCAACUCCAGCCCCUCGACAGCCGCUCAGCAGAGCCGACAGUUCUGCGGCUUCGACUUGGGACGUCGCCGCCACCGCGUCUAUGCCUUCAAGUACCUCGUCUCCCUCAACAGACGCCUAGCAUGGGAGAAUCCCAAGUCGGGGAGCCUCAAGGCGGCUGCCUCCUCCACUGGUUCUCCUAGUUCUACUGGGAAAUAUACCGACCUCAAGGACGUCAAGUCGUGGUCGGAUGACCUGUCGGGGGCCCGUCCCGGCCGCAGCAUCGAGGACGUUGAACGAGACGCCAUCAACCAUCUGUUCCACAAGGACGACAAUGUCUGGACGCCAUUGCAAAACAUUCGAAACUACUUGCACUCGAGCCUCCACUCUGAUAAGGUCACUGCGGAGAGCGUGUUGAGAGCCACAACCGACGACAGCCUCAACUUCAUUGAUCCCAUCACCAACCGUCGAGUGUCACCCGCAGAGCACGGCAAGUACUCGGCUACCAAGUUCGAUGAUCCCAACGCGCCUCGAAAGUUGACACCCGAGGAAGAGUCCAAGCAGUACACCGAUCUCGGCGACUACAAACCCUCCAAGUGGAACGAGCCGGACGGGCUGCCUCAGCUGACUCCCGAGGAGCGUUCCAAGAUAUACGGAGACUUGCCCGAGUACUCGAAAAUGAAGAUUGACAACCCGAAUGCGCCCCGAAAGCUGACGCCCGAGGAAGAGUCCAAGAACUACGAUGACUUGGACAAGUACAAAUCCGUAACCUGGAAUGAGCCGGACGGGCUUCCACAGCUCACUCCCGAAGAGAAGUCGAAGCUGUACGAAGAUCUGGACCGAUACGGUCCGGUCCAGUGGAACGAGCCGAAUGGCCUGCAAGAGAGGUCGCAGGAGGAAAAGUCCAAGGACUACCAGGACCUACACAAGUAUGGCCCGGCAACUUUUGACGAACCCGACGGCCUUCGGCGCCUGACGCCAGAGGAAAAGUCGAAGAACUACACAGACCUUCACGCAUACGGCGGCCCCUUUACCUGCAGGGAAUCCGUGCUCAAGGACUACGAGGCCCUCCAGAACGACCCCACGCCCAAGGCUGAGCCGAUUCCCGCCAAGGUCCAGGUGCGGGACACCGCCACGGCUCAAUAUGACGACCUGGACCAGUAUGGCCCUGUGCGUUGGCAUGAGCCCGAUGGUCUCCGCCCAUUGACCGCCGAGGAGCUUUCCAAGGACUACGAGGACCUCCACAUGUACUCGCAAUUCCCCAACGCCGGCCCCAAGACUGCUCGCGUGCAUCCAGAAGAGGCAUCAAAGGCAUACCAAGACCUGCCCCAAUACUCGGCGUUCCCGAAUGCUGGGCCAAAGGUUGAGAGAGUGCACCCCGAAGAAGCGUCCAAGAACUACAAGGACCUUCCUGGCUAUGCCGUUGACGGGUUCGUAGAGCCGGCGAAGACGCGUCACAUCCACCCCGAGGAGCUUACCAAGAACUACGCCGACUUGGGCACGUAUGAGCCGCAGAGCUUUGAGUCUCCCGACAAGCCAUACCCCAUGCACCCCGAGCAGGCGUCCAAGGCAUACAAGGAUCUCCAUGGCUACAAUGCAAGCUCUCCGGACGUGGAGAUUGAGGAGGCUUCGGAUGUCGUUGCUGCCAGCCUGCGAGAGUAUGACGCCAAGGAGAAGCUGCAGGCGGAUAUGGCAGCUUCUGGUGCUAUCCAUCACGGAAGCAGCAUGGAGGAGGUGGAGAGAGCUCUGGAGUCACUGACAGCGGAUGAUAUCCGAAGCCAGGUGCUGAGCAGGGUCGCCAUGGCUGCCAAGGAAGAGGAAGAAGCGCCCGAGAUGGAGAUGAGUUCCAUGGAUGAGAGUUUUCCCAGUGAGUUGUCGAAGUCCGAAUCCGAGCCGAUCGAAGGCAUCACCCGCAAGCUGGCCGAACUGCGCGCCGAGAAGGACCCGUACUCUAACGAUCCAAAGGGACUAGAAACAAGCUAUUCUGAGGAGUGUGGUGACGUGACACCGGAGAUCCUGGCCAAGCAUUACGAGUCCAUACCCCCCACGGCGACGUUGACGGUGAGAUAUCCAGGCCAGCCGGUCCAGUACAAGAUCCUCGCCUACGACGCGUCCACCCAGUCUGUCAGCGUUGCCGAGACCACAUCCGACGAUGCUGACGCUUCUGCGCCUCCCAAGCUGACGGACGUGCUGCUGCAGCUGUCGCACGCGGCCAAGUUUCUCCCUUACUUCAAGCCCCUGCAGGAGCAAGGCUACGACAUUGUAUCGGGCGGAGGCGACGUGCUCAUUUUCCGUAAGACGCGGCCGGCCGUGGCCAACGCCAGUGAUCUCCCCUGCGAUGCUCCCAGCAACCCGGCCCGCGUCAACCCCGUGGACAUGAUGGGACAGUCCGUGGCGGGCAACUUUGCCAGUCCCACCGGCUUCGUUAACUACGACAGCCUCGAGGACAGCCACGUGAAGCCGGCACCGCCCCUGGGCACCAGCCAGCAGACGCGCAGAGACGAGGCAGAGCGGAUGAGACCGGCCUCUCCAGAGAAGAAGAGGAGGAGCUUUGGCAAGAAGGUGGUGAUGGGCACGGUCUGGGUGGGCGGAGCGGCGUAUGCCGUGGGAGCGUUGGCGGAACACUUCUCCGCUGCUGGCAAAUAG